UUCAGUCAAAGAAGUUUAGCUGAGAUUACAGAACUGAUCCAUACGGCCUUUCUGGUGCAUCGGGGCAUAGUGAAUAUUGGUGAGCUCAAGUCCUGUGACGGCCCGCUGAAGGAUAUGCAGUUUGGAAAUAAAAUGGCUGUUUUGAGCGGAGAUUUUCUUCUAGCAAAUGCGUGCACAAGCCUUGCACAGUUGCAGAAUACCAAGGUUGUGGAACUCAUUUCAAGUGCUAUUGGUGACUUAGUUCAAGGUAUAUAUUAUGAAAACUCAAAAUCAUCUGAGAACAGUCUUACGGAUGAUAUCGGCAUUUCUACGUGGAAGGAGCAGGUUUUCCUGUCACAUAGUGCCUUGCUGGCAAAGAGCUGCCAGGCUGCAAUGGAGCUCGCAAAGCACAGCGCUGAGAUUCAGGACAUGGCAUUUCAGUAUGGAAAGCACAUGUCUAUGAGUCAUAAGCUGCAUUCAGAUCUUCAGCCAUUUGUUAAAGAAAGUUGUAGUGACACCAUGGCUUUCAGUUUGAAUUCAGCUCCUGCAGUCCUCCAUCAGGAAUUCCUUGGAAGGGAGGCAUGGAUCAAACAAAUCAGAGAGGCACAUGGAAAAGGAAAUAUAAUGGACUACAAGAAGCUGCAGGAAGCGAUCAAGGCUGGCAAAGGUGUGACUUCUGCCAUCGACCUCUGCCGCUGCCACGGAAACAGAGCGCUGGCGGCCCUGGAGCGCUUCCCUCCCUCCGAGGCCAGGGCCGCCUUGGCCAACAUCGUCUACGCCGUGACCAGGUUUCCCUGA